AGUAACCACAGAAGUACCAUACGUACUCUUUGUGUAUAAGAAAACAUAAAACUAAGAAAUGUAUAAACUAAUUCCAGUCAUAUUUAUAUUAUCUGCUCUGCAGUUUACGAAUUGCAUUGAUAUAACAGAUUUUGGGCCAAAUUUGAUGAAGGAUUAUAAAAGGAUACAUGAUAAUUGUGUUGCAUUAACCGGAGCUACGGAUGGAAUGAUAGGAGAAGUUAAAGAUGGAGUUUUCAACGAUGAGAACGAUAUCAUUAAGGAAUAUACAGCUUGCAUUUGGUUGAACGUGGGAGUGAUCGACAGUAAACUGAAUAUGAACUUAGAGAAAAUGGCGUACUACUGGCCAUCAAAAAUUUCCCCAGAUCAAAUUUCCAUCUACGCUACUUGUAUCAAAAAUGCAAGAGAAGAGACUAAACUAACAACAACUGUAGAGAAGAUAUGGGGGAUUGCCAAAUGUAUUGAAGAUGAAAUUCCAGAGGAUCACAUUUUUUUUUAAACUGUUGGAAAGGAGAUUAUGCGAGAUGAAGAUAUGCAACAACAACUCAAAUUGCUCAAAUAUCAUCCACCACCUUUCUAACAUUCAAUCAUAAAAUGAAAUGCGAUUAUUAUAAAUUGAAUAUUUGAAAUAAAAGUUUGAAAAUUUAUAAA